UUGAAUCUGUAAUUGUUAUGAUCUUGAAAAUGGGUAACUAGCCAAAACUAUGAAGCAGAUUUUUUUAAGUGUUUGGCUCCAGUUUGGGCUACUGGAUGAAAUGGGCAGAUUUCCAGAUGUUCUAGGCAAUUGGCUUCUUCAUCUGCCUGUCUUGCUCUGCACAGACCUACAUUUGUCCUGCUUAAAAAGAUAAAUAGGGUUGGGUGAUUCCACCACUGUAUUUGCAGACCCUGGAGUACUGGGCAUGUUAGAAUAAAUAUGAGGGUAAAUAUUUGUGCCACAAAAAUGGGCUGAGAAGUGUACCAACACAUCAGCCAAAACAUAAAUAGGUCAUCAUGCAAUUAAUGUUGUUUAUUCUAAUGUUCCUCUCUGAUAAUAGUGGCCAUGGAUAAACGUGAUAGACUGGUAAUAUUAGCAGUGCUGAGUCAGAAUUAGAACAAUUGUUCUCUGGGGUUUGUGCAUCGGGUACAUCAUAGUUAAAACCUUUGGGAUUUACAGUGUAAGAUUGUGCUCUCAAAAGUCACCCUACAUGGUGAGGCGUGCCCAGGCCCACAAAAGGGCAUUGAGAAAGGUUUUAGCUGAACGUUGGGGUCAACAGAUAGACCAGCCGAAUACAGAAAAGAUCCAUUAGUCAUUCCAAAAGUCUUGGUGGGGUAAGAAAGGGAAAAACAACAGGAAGAGAAAUCCUAGAAACAGUUUCUGCACUGGGUAAUAGGUACAAUAUAGACCCCUGUAGGACUGUGACCUGAGGUUUGUCUCCACAAAUAUAUCAGCAUAGUAACUUAGGUGUUCUAUGAGUAGAUGCUUAAGCUUAUUGUCUUUGCUGGGAUUUGUGGCAUUACAGUAAAACUUCCUGCAGAUGCAGCAUGUUGCUGCCACCACUCCCCAACCCCCCACUGAGUUUGUUCAAUUUCACGGCCCUGUUUUUUGUCAGUCCUCCAAUAUGGGUGUAGAGGAGGAAAGAACACUAACUGGAACACAGAUCAUAUUGCACUUCUCCGUCUUCUCUCCAGCUGCACUUGAUCACCUUGAGCCUGUCUGUUGCAUUGGAUGGAAAACUGAAGCCCACCUUAAAUGCUCAGAACUCCUGGGUGUGACCUGCAGAAUUCUUCCAGUCAAGCUGCUGUCGGGCUGCUGUAGGGGCGACAGGGAGCGGGGCAGAAGGAGGGUGGAAUCAGGGCAAGGGGGCCCGCAGGGGCUGGGCAGAGGGACGGUGCUGCAGCAGAAAUGAACCUCCGCGGGGGCAGAGGGGCAGGUCUUCGAGAAGGAGGUCGUCAAACCCACUGCAGCAGCACACAGCCGGCACCAGCCUUGGCUGGAGGCCCGUUUUUUUUCGGCUCCCUGCGCUGAUUUAACCCUCCCAGGCGGAUGCAUUUUAGGAGUGCCGGCGGCUGGCGGCUCGCCCCGCGCCCCCGAGGCUUCAGCACCGAAACCGGGGCGGAGGCGAGGAGCGGUACGGCGGUACCGCACCCCUCCCUUCCCGGCCCGGCGGCGGCCACCGGCACCGAGGGGCCCGGCGCACCGAGGGGCGGCAACACGUGGGUGAGGCCAGUGCCGCGGGGGGGAGCGGGGCCCGGCCUUACGCCCUCGGCCGCCGAAGCGGGGCGCGGGGGCGGCUCCGUGCGCGGCGGACCGGCGGCGCCCGGCCCCGGGGUAGGCGCGCAGCGGCGGAGCCCGCCCCGCCGCCGGCAGCCGCCAAGGCGCUGUUCCCGGCGCUGGUGCUGAGCCGGAGCUCGCCCUGCCGCCGGCCGCCGCCGAGGCGCUGCUCCCGGCCCAGGUGCUGAACCGGAGCCAGCCGCGGCUUAGCGUCCUCCCCCGCCUCCGCCCGCGCGGCAGCUGGAGCAGGAGAAAGCGGAUCCAGCGAGUCUCGGUCCCUCCUCCUUCCUCCUCCUCCUCCGCCUCCUCCUCUUCCUCCUCCCUGGAGCCGCCGGAGGGAGAGAGGUCGGAGCCGCUCUUUGGGGCAGCCGGCAAGCAUGGGCCGGGCAGCGGCGCUGCCGGCGGCGGGGCCGGCGGCGGGGCUGGUGGCGGCCGGCGGCUGCAGCUCGCCGCUUCCAUGAGGCGGCCGGGCGGCGGGGCGUGAGGCCGGGCCAGGGCCAGGCGAGGCGGCUCCGGGCUCCGGCGGCUCCCCACCCCCUGGCCAUGGCGGCGGCUGCUCGGCGGAGACGCGGCGGGGCGGUGGCGCUGGGCCUGCCGCCGCCGUCGCCCCCGCCGCCGCUGCUGCUACUGCUGCUGCUGCUGGGGCUGGGCGCCGGGCGGGCGGCGGGCGGGCCGCUCCGCUACUCGGUGCGGGAGGAGCUGCCGCACGGCGCCUUCGUGGGCAACGUGGCGAGCGACCUGGGCGUGGAUCCGCGGCGGCUGGCGGCGCGGGGAGCGCGGCUCACCUCGGGCAGCGGCCGCCAGUACCUGGAACUGGAGCUGGGCCGCGGGGUGCUGCUGGUGCGGGAGCGCAUGGACCGGGAGGAGCUCUGCGAGCUGAGCCCCACAUGCUUCCUCAGCCUGGAGUUGGUGAUCGAGCAGCCCAUCGAGGUGCACAACGUGGAGGUGGAGGUGCUGGACAUCAACGACAAUGCACCGCGCUUUCCCCGCCAGGAUUACCGGCUGGAAAUCAGUGAGUCUGCCGUGCCCGGGGCCCGCUUCCACAUCGAGAGUGCCCAGGACCCCGAUGUGGGCACCAACUCGGUGCAGAGCUACCAGCUCAGCCCCAGCCGCCACUUUGCCCUGGACCUUAAAGGCUUCCAGAGUGGCAGCAAGCUCCUGGAGCUGGUGCUGCAGCAGCCAUUGGACCGGGAGCAGAGUGCCCUGCAGCAGCUGGUGCUCACUGCUGUGGAUGGUGGGGACCCCCCCAAGUCUGGUACAGCCCAGAUCUCUGUUCGAGUUGUGGAUACCAAUGACAACUCCCCUGCCUUUGACCGCUCCACCUACACCGUGAACCUUCUGGAGAACUCCCCACCUGGCACCCUAGUUGUCAAACUCAAUGCCUCAGACCCUGAUGAGGGCUCCAAUGGGGAUGUGAUUUAUUCUUUUGGCAGCUAUACCCCACAGAAGGUGAGGCAGCUGUUUAGUGUGGACCCACAUUCAGGGGAGGUGCGGGUUAAUGGUACCCUGGAUUAUGAAGAGGCAUCCUCUUAUGAGAUCUAUGUGCAAGCCACUGACCAGGGCCCCGUCUCUAUGGCUGGGCACUGCAAGGUACUGGUCAACAUUGUGGAUGCCAAUGAUAAUGUUCCUGAGGUGGUCCUGACCUCCUUGUACAGCCCAGUGCCAGAGGAUGCAAAGUCAGGAACUGUGGUGGCCCUGAUGAGUGUCACAGACCAGGACUCAGGGCUGAACAAGCAGGUCAGUCUGCGUAUUCCCCCUGGCCUCCCCUUCAUGCUCAACUCUUUCAAGAACUCCUACACCUUGGUGACCCAGGGCAAGCUGGACCAUGAGAAAGCAGCAGCCUACAAUAUCACAGUUACAGCUACUGACUCUGGGAGCCCCCCUCUCUCCUCCCAGAAGGUGAUCCAUGUGGAGAUCUCUGACAUCAAUGACAAUCCUCCACGCUUUGAGGAACCUGUGUACUCAGUUUACAUCCCUGAGAACAACCCCCUUGGAGUCUUGCUUUGCACUAUCAAAGCCACUGACCCGGAUGUUGCCGAAAAUGCCUAUGUGUCCUAUUCUCUACUGGAUAGGGAGAUUGAAGGGCUACCUGUUACCUCCUAUGUCUCCAUUAAAUCUGACAGUGGCAACAUGUAUGCUGUCAAAUCCUUUGACUAUGAGACACUAAGGGAGUUCCAAGUGGUUGUCCAGGCUCAGGAUGCUGGGAUCCCAUCACUGAGCAGCACUGUCAGUGUCCACAUCUAUGUGGUAGACGAGAAUGACCAUGCUCCACAGAUUCUGUAUCCUACCUCAACCAACAAUUCAGCAGCCCUGGAGAUGAUCCCACGCUUGGCAAAUGCUGGAUAUUUGGUAACCAAAAUUAUAGCCAUUGAUGGGGACUCAGGACAAAAUGCCUGGUUGUUCUACCACCUGGUUCAAACCUCAGAUCCAGAUUUGUUUAGGGUAGAGCUCCAUACUGGGGAGAUAAGGACUACUCGCAAACUGAGGGAAGAGAGCACACCUACUUACAACCUGACGGUGGAGGUGAGAGACAAUGGAGAGCCACCGAUGUCCUCAUCAGUAGCCAUCACUGUUGCUGUGGUGGACAGAGUUUCCAAAAUCAUCCCUGAUACAAGAAGGCACAUUAAAAGUCCAAGCAAUUACUCAGAGAUCACUCUUUAUCUCAUUAUUGCUUUGUGCGCCAUCUCCUUCGUUUUCCUUUUCACAGUCAUUGGGCUUACUGUGAUCAAGUGCUACAGAUACAGUUUGUAUGGUGACUCCUGCUGUACAGGUUUCUGUGGGGUCAGAGAACGGUGCCCUGCUGAACUGUACAAGCAGGCCAACAACAACAUUGAUGCGAGGUUGCCACAUGGUUUAAAAGUGCAGCCCCAUUUCAUUGAAGUGAGGGGCAAUGGGUCUCUGACUAAAACCUACUGCUAUAAGGCAUGCCUUACUGCAGGAUCAGGAAGUGACACUUUUAUGUUUUACAACACCUGUGGCCCAACAGCAACGGGUCCCUCUGCAGUGGUGACUGAGAGGCAUCUGACAGGACAGAGUGGGCAGAGUGCACAAAACCUGAUCAUACUUAAAAAUGACUCCAUUACUCCUAACGAGGUAAAUACUGGGUCUUUCAGGGUCCAUUUGCCAAAACACCCCAAUCCUGACUGGCGCUACUCUGCAUCCCUAAGGGCAGGAAUGCAAAGUGCUGUGCAUAUGGAGGAGGCAGGAAUCUUACGUGGAGGGCCAGGAGGGCCUGACCAGCAGUGGCCAACAGUCUCCAGUGCUACUCCCGAACCUGAGGCAGGAGAGGUGUCGCCCCCCGUGGGAGCUGGUGUGAACAGCAACAGCUGGACCUUUAAGUUUGGACCGGGCAAUCCCAAACAAGGUGGUCCUGGUGAGUUGCCAGACAAAUUCAUUAUCCCAGGAUCUCCUGCAAUCAUCUCCAUCCGGCAGGAGCCACCAAACAGCCAAAUUGACAAAAGUGACUUCAUAACCUUUGGCAAGAAGGAAGAAACCAAGAAAAAGAAGAAAAAGAAGAAGGGAAACAAGACUCAGGAGAAAAAAGAAAAGGGCAACAGCACUACUGAGAACAGUGAUCAGUGAGGGGUUUAUACUGAAAGAACCCACUUAGCCAAUUUUUGUAAUAAUGGCAGAUUUCUCCUAUGUAGCAACUCCCAAUUUCUUCCUACUGUUAACAAAUUUCCUGUACAGACUUCAGAAAAUCAGCAGGAAAUUCACAGUGUCUGUCUAAAUUUCUUAACAGGUUUUGUCUUAAAAAGCUUUAUUAAGUCUGGUGUUAACUCUUUUUCUCCACUCUGGCUUGUUUUCAGAAUCUAAAAAGCAGACACAAGUUUCCUUUCUCCUACGCCGAAAAGGAGAAUCUUCACAGUACAGCCAGUGAGAGGUUGGAAUCUCUGCACUGUGGUUCCUGUGCUCCUGUCUUGAUGACACUUACAGGACAGGUUUAAAAGUUCUAAUAUGGUGCACCCUGUAUCUGAUUGGAAAUCUUUGUGUGCAGAUGUCAGCUAGGUGAUAUGAGACCAGGUUAUAAGAUGCAAGAAGAGCUGGUAAAUAUGCAACAAAGGAAACACCUAAUGAACAUACAUGUUCAAAGAUGUUCAGGCUGGGGAGGAAACGUCUGAAAGAUGACCAGACUUUUCAAACCUUGGGAAGUCACUGUGUGGGAAUACUGAGCCCUAUACAUGAUGUAUUUUACACACUCCUGAAAAUAAAACCUCACAUUUACAGCUCUUUAAGAUGCCAUAAAUUUUAUGUCUCUACCAAGCAAGCUGUUGGGAAAAUUGUCCCUUAAAGCCCUGCAUUACCCUGGCAAGGCUAGCCCUGCGAGUAUAAGAAGGGCUGGGCUGACAUCCCAGGAAUGUAACUGUGAUGCUCUGUGUCCCUGUUGCCACUCUAAUAUUAUUUUGCACAUUAUAUCUCUGAAAAGGUCAGAGUUUUUCCACGACACUUAUGCAAAAGAGAGGAAAAAAUAAAUGUUAACUAUGCUAUUUGUUAUUUGAGAUAUUUAUUUAUAAAGGAAUAUAGCUGUAAAUGUUAAAGAAAUAUGAUGCCCUUUAACCCAAACAGAAGUCAGUCUAGAGCCAUUAUAAAUUAUGAUUGCUGCUAUUAAAGUGCUUUAGAAAAAUUGCCUGAAACAUCUGUAUUAUAUCGGCCACUUGCCAAUAACAGCUUUAUUCUGUCGGGUCAUUUGGGGGCUGCCUCUUGCAUGUAUUAAUAAAUACAGUAAUAUUUUUUUUUUUGCAUUAAUCUGCACUUUGAAUACACCUUUGCAAAGAAACUGUUCUAAUAUGAAGAAGAAGACUCCUCACACAAAUGGAUUUAUAUAACCUGCUAGUUCUGUGCAGUACCUUGGUGUUACCUCCCACACAACCUUUUCUGAUUUUAAUUUUAUUUUUUCUAUGAGAGUAUGAAUUUCUGACCCUACUAACAUGCAUUAUGUAAAAUUCAAGUACUGUAUGUAUGCUGUAUGCUCUUAUAAGAAUCCUGAAAUAUUUAUUCUGUGCUUGUGUAUGUGAAUGUCAAUGCAACUAUUAUUAGAGUGGACUUUAAGCUUUACCGUUGAAUGUAAAUUCAUUAUUUCUUUUUUUUGUACACUUGUGAAAAAGUGGAGUAGUGUUAAUUUUUUAAGCCACUGUUGAUUAUCAGUUUUUUUUUUUGUGUGUAUGGAACACAAGUAAAAUAUCUUUCUUAAAUCAAUCCAUGCAUGCAUUUUGGGAUUUAUUGGUAAUCUGUAAAGCUAAAGCUCUGUGAAUUACAAAACCUAAGGAUAGGAUGGAGUACUGAAUGUGAUUGAAAAUGUUGAUCUAAAACUAAUACAUGUAUUUUUAAAAAGAAUAUAACAGAUGAGGGAAUUCCAAAGAGUUUUCUACGUCAUCGUACAUUCACAGAAUAAAGCUUAAGUGUCAUAUUAAUUGGAACCAUGUAAAAACUACAUAGCUCUAAAAUUUCAAACAGUCCUUUUAAUCUAGGAUCAAAGAGAAUAACUGGAUUCCUUGAGACAUGUCCUGGAUGUUUUAAGUUUCCAAACUAAACUACCAGAAGUUCAGAACAGGUCAAUUCCAAUUCAUUAAAAAAAAUCUGCUGCAAGUCUUAAAACAUCACGGAUGAUAAAGCACUAAUAAAAUAAUUAAUACCUCAAAAUGUGAACCA